AUGUAUAGUACUAUUGAUGGAGAUAUCUCUUCAACUACUAGUACUACUAAUCUAACUAUUUGGGAAAGAAAAUACUAUGAAAUAGACCCUUCGAAUUAUGUUUACUUUCCUUCACUUUAUAUGAAAGCAUACAUGUGGAAGGAUAAUCCCAAAUUACAAUCACUAUUACAAUCAACAUUUAGAAAUAUAACUAACAAGGAUGAUUUUAUUAGUGUGUUAAAAGACCAAUCAUUGAAUAAUGGUCAAGAAUCAACUUUAAAAAUAGGAGCAAUUCUAUAUAAUAAUGAAGAUGAUAGAGCUUUCUAUAAACGAUUCAUUCGUGAUUUUCUAAAAUUUCACAAUAUUUCACAUGUACAACCAUUGAUUAGUUAUACUACUUAUAAUUUAGGUACAUGUCAACCUAAUGUAUUUGAUGUAUUUGACAUUGUCAUUUCUACCAAUUUCAUGUUUUAUCAAUUAAUAAGAGUUCAUAGAAGUGGUGAUAGAAAAUCUCAAGGUUUUUAUUCAAUUUCUGAUUUUUCAUCCAUUUACUUGGAACCCUUAGUAAUAUUUCAAGGUAAUAGAAAAGAAUUGACACUUUCAGAUUUUAAUUCUUACAAAUCUCGAGGUCAAUUCUAUGAAAGACCUAAUUGUCUCAAUCAAAAUACUUUAAAUAUUGUUGCUAAUUAUGAAUCUUCUGUAGAAUAUGAUUUGAGAAUUUUGAGUGGAGAAAAUGGGACAUUCUUUCAUUCAUCAGAAUUGAAAUUUUUAAAUCAAUUCAAUAAGGAAGUUCUACAAUUAGUUCCUCAGAAUGUUUCAAAUUCAUGGAUGAAACAAAUUAUUCAAUUUUAUAAUAUUAAUGAUAAUGAUAUUACUAGUAAUAAUACAUUAAUCUAUCAAUCAUUUCUCAUUCCAGAAUGUGCUGUUUGUAAGGCAGAUUUUUGUGAGGAUUUUAAUUUUUAUGAAGUUGAUUAUUGGAUUAUUCCAAUGACACUUUUAGUAAUUAUACAUUAUAUUGUAUUAUUUACAUCUAAGGCAUUUAUGACACCAGCUCUGAAAAUUCGAUUAUUGGUUCCUUAUAUGCCUAUUUUUGCUUUAUAUUUUGAGGUUCAAUCAAUUUUAGUAUUUGGAAGGAGUUGUGCUGCUGCUAGGUUUAUAGUUGUUGGUUAUUUAAUUACAUGGUAUUUACUAACAUAUUCUUUUACCAUAUUUAGAGUUUACUAUUUGAGAAAUUUGUAUCACUUUAUUAGUAGUUCUGGAAAAAGUCUAGAAGAUUCAAAACAAAGAAUUAGAUUUCAAAGAAAAAUAGUCAAUCCAUGGGUUGGUGCCUUAAUUACUUGUGGAGCAGCCUUGCUAUUUGCCUUAAUUCUUGGAAGUCCAUUCUUACUCAUUAUUAGUUAUGUUGAUGACAUUUUUAGAAAUAGAGUACUUAUUAUUAAUGCACUCAUUGGAUUCUAUUUUGGACUUGGUUGUUUAAUUGGAGGUAUUGCAAUUAUAAUUGACUUGAUUAUUAAUCGUCAAAAAUUGAAAGAAAAAGGAUUGAGACACAUUUUAUUCUUUGAUGAUCCAUUCUUAAUUAGAUUGGAAGUUAUUUUACUUUCACUUGUUAUCAUUUUUAUUAUUUUAAUUACAAUUUUCACAGGUGCUGGCAAUGGACAUGUGGAGAGAGCCUUUAGAUUUGUAAUUUAUGUUAUUGUCAUUCUCAACUCGGGAUUAUUGACUAGUUUUAAACAUAUUAUUACUCAAUUUUCUAAUAGAAAAUCACACAAUGAAGCAUCUAAAUUGGAAGUUUAUUUGAGAAAUGAUGCUUUUAAAAUUUUAAUGAGGGAAUAUUGUGUGAAGGAAAUGUCAGUUGAGAAUUAUAAUUGUUACAUCUUUUUGGAACAGAUAAGAGAGCGGAAGGAUCAAACUAUUGAUUUGGAAACAAUUAAAGAGUUUGAGAGGAAUUUCAUUUCAGUGAAUUCUAUUUACGAGUUGAAUAUUCCAUCACAAGUAAGAAAAUCAUUUCAUCAAUUAUUGAAACAAGUUGAAGAUUUGGGUAAAAACAAUAAUAAUUCACCUCCGCCAAAAUAUUCAGAUCUAUUGGAGACACUUCUCUUUAGUAUUCUCACUAAUUUGGGAGAUACUCACAAUAGAUUGGAAUCAACUAAGGAAUAUAAGGUUUGGCAGGAAGUCUACGAAAUCCAAGCUAAAUCAUCAAUACAUUAA